GUACGCGUGGGGGGAUACCUGCGCGGUGUUGAACAACCACAAAUGGACAAGCUUCGCUCUGUAAGCGAAAAACAAAAUUGAAGUGAAAAACGUGAAAAACGUGAAAAACGUGAAAAAGUCUCACUAGUUCCACAUUAACAGAAUAAGCAAUUCGUGCGAUUGCAGAUUGUGGCGAAAAAAGGCGCCACGUGCAGGGAUAGCGGUGGGAGUAGGCCUCUACGCGCGCCAUAAAAAGGAUAAACUGCGCAACCACUGCACAGCAUAAUUGCGUGUCCACUCGGGAGCAACUCCCCUUGAGAAAAGUGCCACACGCGAACUUCCAUUUUCCGCACAUUUGCACGCGCAGCUGUUCAGGCAAUGGGAAUUUUAAAAUUUUAACUCCCAACUGCUUGACCCCUUCAAAGUUCAUUUUUGAAAAAAAAAAUGCUUUACGAAAGAAAUGCAAAAAGAAGCGCGGGACUUUUUUUUCGUCAACCCUCCUUGAGCUUUCCCCCACGUGGGCAUUUCCUCAAAAGACAUUUGCAAAAACGGCAAGCAAGGACAAAGUAGCAAAUUGCGCAGCAACCUCAGGAAAAUGAUGAACCUAAGUGAGGACACAGACAUUAACAAACUGAUUGAGGAACGGAACGAAUGGGUAAAGAAGUACGAAAGCGCUGAGGCCGAAUGUGCAGUGUUGAGGGAGAAGUUGGAGAGGAUCACUUUGGACAGCCCCGACAGAUAUGAGCAGCAUCAUGGGAACGACGCCAUCCAGAGGGACAUUUCGAUGAAGUACAAAUAUAUGCAAAACCGGUGCGAAUUCCUCGUCGUCCAGCUGAACAUCCGCACCCUGGAGAAGGAGAAAGAGGCGCGGAAAAACCAAGACCUGCAGUCCACGAUCGAGAAGCAGAAAAACGAAAUAAAGGGGUACCAGAAAAUUCUUGAAAAAGUAAAACACAUGAACAUCUCCUUCAGAAAAGAGAAAAACGAAACCGAAAAGAAAAUUUGCACCAUUAGAGAUAGCGACUUACUCACCAGGAACGACAACGUCCUGCUCAAAGAAAUAGUAAAAAUAAAUGACAAGCUGAUGGAAGUGAAUGAAAAAAUAAGAGACAACGUUGAGGAAGAGCUCAACAAGGCCAAAACGAAGCUGUCCGUGGCCCAGGAGAAAAUUGGGCGGUUCUCCGAGGCAGUCCACACCAUGAGGGAGAAUUUUACAAAAUACAAAAAGAGGAAGGAACAUAUUAUGCUAAAAAUAUUAACAGCCAAUGAACAGUUAAAAAAAGAAUUGAGGGAAAAAAAAAUAACCGAGAGACGCAACGUAGAGUGGAACAGCCAGUUGGAGGGGUACAUCACAGCCAAUGUGUUGCUGAAUUUUUACGAGGCCAAACACAAAAUGAGCGACUUUGUCUUGAACACUAUGCUGAGGUUUGUCAGCUCGAUGGCCAGUUGGGAUCGUGUCGGCGGUGGGAAUGCGGACGGGUUGGAAAGGGCCAAUGAGGGGGGUGCAAACUACUCCAUGUUGAACUCCCUCCUGGGAAUACCCCUCGGGGGUGAAAAAAAAAUAAAAACGGGAUGGCGCUCCGGAAAUGAAGCCUACGACGAGCAAAUGAACACCCUAAAGAGAGACCUCCUUUGGGGCAAUUUCCCACAGAGGCGGCAAAAAAUGAACAAGCAGGAUGCCCCCGCCAAGGCAGAAAUUUCGGAAGAAGAUAGCAACUCCCUGGAAGCGUUCGUACGGACCAACCCGAACAGACCAAACGUGGUAAACGAUAUAUACUACCACAUAAAGCUCGUGAAUGACAUUUUAGAGACCGUCAACGUGACGCUGGUUCUCCUUGCGUACACCCAUGAGACGUACUUAAAGGAGCCGCUAAACCACAUCCACCAGGAGGGGUAUAGCCAAAUGCAAGAAAAGGGGAACCUACGAUUUGGUGCCUACUUUUUUACCUCUCUCUCGAAUUUUCUCUUAUCCCUUUUGAAAUACGUCAAUAUUGUUAGAGGCACAGAUAGACAGGCCCACCUCGCACUACUGGAAGAGGAGCAGCUAUUCAAAUUGUUCUGUUUGUGCAAAUAUGUCCUGGAGGAGUACGUAGAGAAGAUAAGAAUUAAGCUCUUCACGUCGACGAUUGAUUACCACGUAUUGGAUGUGCUCAGCGAUAGGUUAAGAAGCAUCUAUGAUGAGGUCUUUCUCCACGUGGUGGGGGGAAACACCGAGGAGGGGGAAGAAAAGGGAGAUACCCCAGAUGGGGAAGUCCCCCCAACAGGGGUCUCUCCACAAUGUAGUGACCACAUGGGGAGGAAAAAACAAACGAAAGAGGAAGCGAAACGUACCAAACUGAUAACCCGGGGGGGGAGCCAAAAUAGGGAUGGCGACUCCCCCCAUGAGGGACGCUUCUACGUCGAGUCUGCCGAGGAAACCACCUCGCUUGACGUGCUGGGCCACCUAAAUCUCGCCACGGGGUGGAGCAUCCUGCUAAUGAUCGACCGGGAUGUCUACUGUGAUGUGUACCCAGAUACUGACGUCACCCGGCAGAAGGAGAUAAUCGCCAAAUGUCAAGAGCUGCUCAAAUUAGUGAAGGCCCCGCUCAAAAUUAGCAAUUUUUAUUUCCCCGUAAAGAGGUAUAAAUCUUCUUUUAAAAAAUUUAUUAGGCACUGCGAAAGGUACCAGAAGGUUCUCAUCAGCAGCGCGAACGGAGGGACCUCCACAACACAUGGGGGUACCCACACCGAAUGCACAAUCAACCAGGUGAGUGUCUCCAUGGUGGAAGAACUGAACAGAAUAUUGGAGAAUGUCACUGAGGUCUACGCCAUCGACGCGCAGGAGCAGGGGGACCCAUACAUACUGCAAAUGUGCGGCAAACUGGUAGAGCUCCACCGGAACGAAGUGGCGGGAAGGGGGAAACAAAGUAAAGAGCAGCUGAGAGAGGAGGACCUAAAAAGAGACGAACUCAUAACACAGUUGCACGAAGAAGUUAUAGUAAAUAGAGCCAAAAUAAAUGCGCUCAACAAACAGCUGAACCUACUCACCAUAAGGGAAGAAAAAUACAACAAAAUCAGCAUCGACUUGAACGUUCUAAAAAAGGAAAAAAAUGAAUAUCUAAAUAUAAUUAGGGAGCUACGUGAAAGUAAAAACGAAAACGUAAGUGAAAUUUCGAAGCUCACAAAAUAUUAUAAUGAUGUUAAGAGGAAGUAUAAUGAUAUUUUGAAAAGUUAUGAACAGAGGAAGAAGCUUUAUGGCAACCAGAAGCAAAUGGAACCGUCCAAUAUUGACACCUAUUAUAUGAAGAAAAUUAUAAAUCAUCUCUACUACGAGAAUUUUUUGACCAAGGUGGGUGCACACUACCGCUUGUUUGGGCAAUCGGGGCACCCCCGCGAUGAGACCAGCGCCUUCGCCUCGUUAUCCCCCACCGGUGCGGGGAGGAAAAACCCCUUUGGGCCCACACCACUCCUCCCGCUGUGUGCGCAUGACGAAGGGGGGGGCGUAUCCUCCUUAACAAGCCAAAUGGGUCCUAACCCAGACCGACCCCCGAAAAACCACACCCGCUUCGCGAAUGACACCCACUUCGAGGAUGACGCCUACCUCACCAGUGAGCAGCACGCCAACCUGUACGACGACAUUUACAACUGCGAAAUAAUCAAAGGCAGAAUUAACCGCGCGAAAAGGGGCUACUUCAAAAAUGGACUCUACCGCACGAAGACCACUUUGCAGCGAAUGCCCAGCUGCCCCAAAGGAGAAAAAAACACACAGCGCAUACAUGGCAUAAUCGAUAUAAUAGAGGAGUAUAAAAAUUUAAAAAAUGAAAUUUUCACCCAAAUGGUGAAUACCCCAAUUGGGGCUAAUUGCUUCCUACUGGGGGGGGAAAAAAGGGGAAAACAAAAUUGGGCACACUUGUCUGAAAAGGUGGCUCAACUGAAAUGUGCCAUAAGAAAAUUUCAUGACGACAGUAAAGGGGCAGGGUUACAUGGGGGUCCUCCUCCCUCCGCCAGAAAUGUCCUCACCAUUUCGUUUCGGGACAGCUCGGGCAGUGGCGACGACGGGGACACUCCGCGGGAUCGCACAGCAGGAAACGGGCAUCUCACCGCAAACGGGCAUCUCACCGCAAACGGGCAUCUCACCGCAAACGGGCAUCCCACCGCAGAGGGGCAUCCCACCACUGAAGGCAAAGCACAGCAAAGCCGCAACCAUGUUAUACUCACCGAACAGUCCUUUUCCCACCUCCUCCACAACAUGUUCGAUUUGUGA